CUUUGGUAAUUGAUGCUGAGACAUGGUCUGAAGAUGCCAAUGCAAAUCUACAGCUUUUAAAACGUGAUGUUGGACGGGUCGUAAAUAAUAGUUCUGGUUAUGAAAAAACUAUGUGGGAAAGAAUUGAGACAGAAUUAGAAGAAGUUGAUAUUGAAAGCCUUGGAUUUGACCAUCCUAUAUGUUCUGGAGUUCUAGAUGUUAAAUCAGAACCUUUCACAAAGAUGCCUGGAUCAUUUUGCGAUAUUUUUAAGGAACCUUUCAAGAAAUACAAGUUAGAUCAUAAUAAUAUGAUAAUAGAUACUUGUAGAGAAAUUAUCCAUAAUGAGGAAUCAAAGAUAAAUUUGGAUGAAGAUUUGAAUGAU